ACGCGGUGAGGAGGAGAAGUUGUCGUCAGCCACUUCUUCCAGACGUCUCUCUUAUUCACCAAAACGGCUCCAGCUCAGCGGCUGCAGCGAGGUUCAAGUGCCCGUGAAGAAGAUGCGACGCGGACCACCGGAGAACUAGCUAGGUGACGAACAACGGCAACGUAACGUCUGGUCAAACGUUAGCUAGUUGAAAUGACUCAAUAGAGUAACCGCUCGCUCACUUCGAACUUUUUCAGAACUGAAGAUUUCAACCAAACGGUAACGUUUCUGCGAAUGCGCCUCGGUUUUAGUUAGAGGAGACGCCACCAUGCAAAGCGAUAAAAAAUCCGAGCCGAGUGAGGCCAAGGGCGCCGAGCGUCCGGGCGCUGGCGACGCCGAGAAGAAGGCGCUGAGCACGGUGGAGGCAGAGGCAGAAGCCCCCCAGCCCCAGGGGAUCAGUGCCGUCGCGGUGCUCUGGACGUUUGGGAAAUGUCUGGGAGCGUUGCUGCCCGUCUACCUGGCCGGUUAUUACCGUGUCAGCACCAGUCUGUUGGUGUGCGGGAUGAUGGUCUACACCGGAUGGAAACAUGCCCGAGAAGCCAAGGAGGCACGUCUGAGGUCAGCCAUCCAGUUUCUCAACAACGAGGAGGAGUACACAUCCAGAAGUGUGUCCAAAAUCAAGCGAGAGCUUCCUGCAUGGGUCAACUUUCCAGAUGUUGAGAAGGUUGAGUGGCUGAAUAAGGUGCUGCAGCAGGUGUGGCCCUUUGUUGGCCAGUACCUCGAGAAGCUUCUUGUGGAAACCAUUGCUCCAUCUAUCAGAGCCUCAAGCACCCACCUCCAGACCCUCAGCUUCACAAAAGUGGACAUGGGAACCAAGGCCAUGAAGGUAGUAGGGAUCAAGGCACACACAGAGAACGACAAAGGACAAGUCUUGCUAGAUCUGUAUAUUAGCUAUGUUGGAAAUGUAGAGAUCAACGUUGAGGUGAAGAGAUACUUCUGCAAAGCUGGAGUUAAAGGAAUACAGCUACAUGGGAUGAUGCGGGUGAUUCUGGAGCCUCUGAUUGGAGAUGUGCCCAUAGUGGGUGCGGUCAGCAUGUUUUUCAUCCAGCGGCCUAGACUAGACAUCAAUUGGACUGGACUGACUAAUUUGUUGGACAUCCCUGGACUGAAUGUCAUGUCUGACAGCAUGAUUAUGGAUGCCAUCGCCUCAUUCCUGGUUCUGCCCAACCGCCUGGUUGUCCCCCUUGUUCAAGGGCUGCAUGUGGCACAGCUACGCUCUCCUUUGCCCAGGGGAGUGGUACGCAUCCACCUACUGGAGGGACAGAAGCUAGCAGCCAAGGACAACUACGUGAAAGGGGUCAUGGCUGGCUUGUCUGACCCCUAUGCCAUAUUGAGAGUUGGCCCUCAGACAUUCACCUCCAAGCACAUCGACAACACAGACUCACCCAAGUGGGAAGAGUUAUAUGAGGUCAUAGUCCAUGAAGUGCCUGGUCAAGAGUUGGAGGUGGAGGUUUAUGACAAAGACCCAGACCAGGAUGAUUUCCUGGGCAGGACCAAAUUGGAUUUGGGCAUUGUGAAGAAGUCCAUUGUUGUCAAUGAUUGGUUCACUUUGAAAGACACUGAGUCAGGACGGGUUCAUUUCAGACUGGAGUGGUUGUCCUUGCUGCCCAGCACUGAUCGACUAGAAGAGGUCCUGAAGAGGAACGAAAGCAUCACAAAUAAGGCUGGUGAUCCACCUUCUGCAGCCAUCUUGGUUGUAUAUCUGGACAAAGCCGAGGCACUUCCUAUGAAGAAGGGAAAUAAGGAGCCCAAUCCCAUGGUGCAGUUGUCUGUGCAGGACAUCACUAAAGAGAGCAAGACUUGCUACACUACUGUAAAUCCAGAGUGGGAAGAAGCAUUCACCUUUUUCAUCCAGGAUCCUCGCAAACAGGACAUAGACAUUCAGGUGAAGGACGCUGACCGUGUGCAGACGCUGGGCAGUCUGUCCAUCCCACUGUCCCGUCUGCUGUCCAACUCUAAUCUUUCUCUGGACCAGUGGUUCCAGUUGGACAACUCUGGAGAUGCAAGUCGCAUCUAUAUCAACACAGUUCUCAGGGUCCUGUGGUUAGAUGAGGAACAUAUUCCAUCUGAUGUGUCAUCGAAUCUGGAUGCUGGACUGUCCAAACAGCUGCCCCAGCACUCAUCCCCUCAUCCUAGCUUUGCCACAGAGGGGCUGCUGAGAAUUCACCUAAUGGAAGGGCAGAAUCUUGUGCCCAAAGAUAACUUGAUGGGGGGUAUGGUCAAAGGCAAGAGUGACCCCUAUGUCAAGAUCAACAUCGGGGGCGAAACAUUCACAAGUCAGGUUAUCAAGAGUAAUCUCAACCCCACAUGGAAUGAAAUGUAUGAGGUGAUUCUUACCCAGCUGCCUGGCCAAGAGCUGCAUGUGGAGGUGUUUGAUAAAGACAUGGACAUGAAGGAUGAUUUCAUGGGCAGGCUGAAGAUCAGUCUGAAGGACAUCAUCGAUUCUCAGUACACUGAUCAGUGGUACAAUCUAAGCGAUGUGAAGUCUGGCCGAGUUCACCUGGGACUGGAAUGGGUUCCAACAGCCUCCGAGUCAGACAGAUUGGAUCAGGUUCUUCAGUUCUAUUCCAGACAGUCCUACCAAAACAAAGCGGUGCCCUCAGCAGGCCUAUUGUUUUUCUUCAUUGAGCAAGCGGAUGGCUUACCAGUUAAGAAGAGUGGCAAGGAGCCAAAAGUGGGUGCAGAGAUUACUCUUGGAGAGAUGUCCCGCAAAACUACAGUGUGUGAUCGGACCACAUCACCUCAGUGGAAUGAGGCAUUCUGCUUCCCGGUUCAAGACCCCAGAGAAGAUAUUCUUGUUGUUAAGCUCUCCCACACCUGGACCCUGCCCAUUGGCUCACUGGUUGUUCCUAUCAGAGAGCUACUGUCUGAACAGGAGCUGGUCCUGGACCAGUGGUUCCAUCUGGAUGGAGCCUCACCUGAGAGUCAGGUUCUUCUGCGAGCUCAACUCAAGACGCUGAUUUCAAGUAAAUGUCCAGGUGCCACUGCUAAGCCUAAGGUCACUUCAGUGUCAGAGCCUACUCCUACUCAGCAAAAACCAGAGACAGACACAGUGCUGAGGUCAAGUUCAGUGGAUGCCCCUCCUGUGGAGACUAUUACCUCUUCAGUAACCUUACCUGAAGAUACUGACAUAAAGGAAACAGCAACUGAAGUGAUUGAAGAGAAAGUGGAAGAAUCGCCAAGCCCAGCUGUUGCACAACCUCCUCACACUUCCCCAGACCUCAGCUUUGCCAGUGAGGGGCUGCUGAGAAUCAUCCUGUUGGAGGCAGAGAGUCUGAUUGCCAAAGAUAAUAAGAUGGGCGGUAUGGUGAAGGGCAAGAGUGACCCCUAUGCCAAGAUCAGUGUUGGAGAGACUGCAUUUAGGAGCAAUGUGGUCAAGGAGAAUCUCAACCCAGUCUGGAAUGAGAUGUAUGAGGUGGUACUGAGGCCUCAGUCAGGACAGGAGGUGAAUGUAGAGCUGUUUGACAAAGACAUGGAUAAAGAUGACUUCCUGGGCAGAUUCAAAAUUAGUGUGGCAGACAUCAUCCGCUCCCAGUACUCUGACCAGUGGCACACCUUAAAUGACGUGAAGUCUGGAAGUGUCCGCCUAAUACUGGAGUGGGUACCAGCAGUAUCCCAUAAUGCCACCCUGGACCAAGUGAUGCAGCUGCAGUCUCUCCAGUCCUACCACAACAAGGCUGUUCCCUCUGCGGCCCUGCUCUUUGUGUAUGUGGACAGAGCACACACAUUGCCUUUUAAGAAAAGUGGAAAAGAGCCCAAGGCUGGGGCUGAGCUUGUUUUUGGUAACACAACCUACAAAACAAAGGUUUGUGAUCGCUCCAGAUCACCUCAGUGGAAUGAGGCCUUCUACUUCCAGGUUCGCGACCCCAAUGAGGAGAUGCUCAUCAUAAAGUUGUCAAGUGCAUGGGACCAGCCAAUGGGAUCUCUCGUUCUCCCUGUGAGAGAUCUGUUCUCUCAACCCCAGCUGGUCCUGGACCAGUGGAUGCCUCUGGAUGGAGCCUUAUCUGAAAGUGAGAUCCUACUGAGGGCUGAACUCAAGAUCCUGAGCUCAAGGAUGACUCAAGUUCCACAGCCUACUGUGACUGCUUCAAAGAAAGAAGAGAUGGUCAUUCCCUCUGAACAGACACUCAGAGCAGCCAGUGAGGACACAAAAAGCACAGAGCUGCCAACAGAUGAAUUGGUUGCAGUAUCCAGCCAGCUUAAAAACUCUGAAGGAGUGGAGGCAGACGUUCAGGCCUUCACAGAAGAUGCUGCUCCUGCUGAACCAGCUACAAUUUACACUGCACCUGACACAUUUCCUGCUGAAGCACAGGUGGACGAAGAGCCAGAGAACUAUCGCACACAGUCAUACCCGUGGCAAAAUCAGACGGAGGGUAGUGGCUUAGGCGGCCUUGCUCAGGCAACAGUGAGUGGUCUUCCUGCGGAUAACCUGAAGCCAGAGGAGCCAGAGGUUGCUGAAAUCCCCAAAGUUGGCAAAGUUCUUCCACCACACACCACCCCCAGCCAGGUCUUUGGUAAAGAGGGGCUGCUGAGGAUUCACCUGCUGGAGGCUCAGAAUUUGGUGGCCAAGGAUAACAUUAUGAUGAUGAAGGGCAAGAGUGACCCUUAUGUCAAGAUCAACAUAGGGGCAGUUGCUUUCAAAAGUAAUGUUAUCAAGGAGAAUCUCAACCCAACAUGGAAUGAAAUGUAUGAGGUGGUUUUGAGUGGGAACGCUGUCCAGGAGAUCAAGUUUGAAGCAUUUGAUAAGGAUUUAGACUCUGAUGACUUCCUUGGCAGAUUCAGUGUUAAGCUAAAUGAUGUCAUCAGAUCACAGUACACAGACCAGUGGUACACUCUGAAUGACGUGAAGUCAGGGCGGGUUCACUUGAUACUGGAAUGGGUUCCUACAGUGUCACAUUCAGACACACUUGACCAGGUGCUGCAGCUUCAGUCUCUCCAGUCUUAUCAGAACAAAGCUGUCCCCGCUGCUGCUCUUCUCUUUGUCCAUAUUGAGAGAGCACAUUCAUUACCUUUGAAGAAGAGUGGAAAGGAACCCAAAGCAGGAGCUGAGCUUGUUCUUGGUGAAACAACCCACAAAACAAAACUGUUUGAACGCACCUCCAAUCCUCAGUGGAAUGAGUCUUUCUACUUCCUGGUUCAUGAUCCUAAACAUCAAAUGCUUGUCAUCAAGUUAUCUGCUGGUUGGGACCAGCCAAUGGGAGCUCUGGUGGUUACUGUCAAGGAGCUGCUUGCAGAGCCACGGCUGGUCCUGGACCAGUGGUUCCAUCUGGAUGGAGCCUUACCUGAGAGUCAGAUCCUGCUGAGGGCUGAGCUCAAGAUUCUAGAGUCCAAAAUGGUGGAUAUGAUCAGCUCAGGGACUCUGCCCUGUGCUGCUUCUGGCUCUGGAUCUGGAAAUGGGCAGGUGAAGUUGUCUCUUUCAUAUACCACCCAGGACAGACAGCUCAUCGUCAGCGUCCAUGCAUGCAGAGGUCUGUUGUCUCAAGGUAAGGAUGGCGUAGACAGCUAUGUCUCCCUCAUGCUGUUGCCAGACAAAAGUAAAUCCACCAAGAGGAAGACUGCAGUGAAGAAACGAGACCUCAACCCAGAAUACAAUGAGAGGUUUGAGUAUGCUCUGCCUGUGGAAGAAAUUAAACUGAGAAGCCUCAGUGUAUCAGUGAAGAAUAACUCGGCCUCAUUCAGAAGCCGUGACGUCAUUGGACAGGUGCUGAUCGAGUUGGCUCAGCUUGACCUGAUGUCUGGUGUCACAGAAUGGUUCACUUUGAGAGAAGAGGCUGACUAAUCGCUCUACUUGCUGAUGUCAUCAUCGUACAAUGAUGAAGAUAUCAUCACUCAACAUGGCGUUGUCCCACUGCUGCAGCUCACACUGAUGCCUUCUCCUUUCCACCUCUGCAUACAGUUCCACUGUGUCAGCCUUACCUGCAUCCACUUAGCUCUCUGUGUAUUACAUAUAGUAUAGAAUUGGACUGCACUGUAUAUCCACACACAUCAAUAAUCUCAACAAAGAUAAGGAGGCUGAAGUAGCUGAGUUGACAAAGAUAACGUGCAAGUCUGACUGAAGGUCACUUUACUAUAUGAAGAGAUUAUUGUCAUAAAAUGGAAUGGAGCAAGUGAAAUAUGAAUAGGCCCAGAAAGAAUGAAGUCACAUUUUGUUGCUUUGUUUGCUUUUUUGAUGUACGAAUGUUUUAAAUCUGAGAUUAUCCUGUUUGAAGUGCAGUUACCUUUUUAGACUGUAGAUUUUUUUAUGUAUUGCUCAUGAAUGCUAAGGCCAUUUCAGUAUUUUGCAUCUGUUUUAUGACAGGCUUACACCAGAGUUAUGUUAGAUUUCUCAACACUUUUGCUACAUUUGUUUGUUCUCUUUUGAAGAUCAUUUUUAUAAGAUUUUUUUUUUCUACAAGACAUGUAUUUGUUACACCUGUGUUACAAAACAAUCAUGGUAUGUUUGAUUUUGUGUAUAUUUGCCAGGCUUAUGAAUCAGAUCUGAUACCGUUUGUUGGAAGGUGGCAACAAAAAUAAACAGAUUUUGCACAUCUCA